ACUUCUCUAUCUGUCUUGGCCAUGGUUGGAAACUUUUGGUCUUUUUUAGCACACAGGUCAGAGUACAAGGUGCUUCAGGGAAGAUAUAAUUUUAAAACUGAGGAAAGUGGUCCUGAUAUCACAAUGAUGCCAAUUCCGAAACAUCUUUCCCAUGAAUGAAGCAAUCUGUGAUUCUAGUUUUAUAAAACAGAUGAACAAAAAUUUCUAUACUAAUCAUUUCUAAAAAGUUAAUUUACACUGAAGUCAAAUUUAAUUAUUUUAUAUGUUCAAAUUCUUAUCUGUCAAGUAAUACAAACAUACAAUCAUUUCUGCUUUUAUUUUGCAGCUUGGCAACAAGUCCAAACAGCAACAAGAAGAACAACGAGUGCUGCAGGAGUCAGAGUGAUGCGUGUGUAGUCCAGAUCUCACCGUCAUGACUUGUCCAGCACAGAGUAGUCCUGCAUGCCUCACCUCUUAUCAAGCCUCCUCAGUGGCACACAGAGAGCAGACAUGGCCAUGUAAGGACUGUGCUGCCCAUCACAAGCUAUUACAGGAGGGUAGCAGAUAAGAUGGGCCACACAUAAGACCCACCCCAGCAUCACACCCCGGCUGAGAGUCCACGUUCAGUCAUUCAGACAUGGCAAGUAAGAAGGCCUCCAAUAAGAGACAAAGGGGAGCCCAGAAAUCCUGCUCCAAUGUUUUCUCCAUGUUUGAGCAGUCACAGAUACAGGAAUUCAAGGAGGCAUUCGGUUGCAUUGACCAAGACAGAGAUGGUGUUAUUAAAAAGCAAGACCUAAAGGAGACCUAUGCUCAGUUGGGGAAACUUAACGUCAAAGAUGAAGAAUUGGAAGAGAUGUUGAAUGAAGGGAAGGGUCCCAUCAACUUUACAGUCUUCUUGACCCUUUUUGGGGAGAAACUUAAUGGUACCGAUCCUGAAGACACCAUACUUGCUGCCUUCAAACUUUUUGAUCCUAAUGCAACAGGCUUUGUCAACAAGGAUGAGUUUAAACGACUACUCAUGAACCAGGCGGAUAAAUUCAGUGCAGAUGAGGUGGAUCAGGCCUUCUCUGUUGCUCCUAUCGACCCAGCUGGGAACAUUGACUACAAGUCACUCUGCUACAUCAUCACACACGGGGAUGAGAAGGAAGAAUCCUAAAGAAAGCCGACUGUUUAACAUCUUCUGCUUGGGAUUUUAAAACAUAAUUGAAAAAGUGGAAAAUCUGAGUCAGUCAGUCUGUUGUAAAAGUUGCACUGCUGUUGAUUUUAGGAAAGGUUGAAAUU